AUGGCGCUCCGCUCCGCCCUCGCCGCGGCCCUGGCCCUCUCCCCCUUCAUUGGGACAGUCGCAGCCCAUGGCAGCCACACGACCGACGAGAUUGCCGCAGAGAUCGCCCUCCGCGACGUCGUCACUGUCCACGGCAAGCGCGCCCUGGACGCCUGCUCCAACUCCCCUGCCGCCCUGGCCCUCAAGCAGCGCGCCCUCGAGCGCCGCGCCAACAUGGCCCAGAUGCUCCGCGAGAAGCGUGGCCUCACCGAUCAGAAGAUGCACCAGAAGCGCACCCAGGCCGACCUCGUCAAGUGGGCCGCCGUCGACCACGAGUCCACCGAGGCCUACAACCUCGACACCCCUCUCGAGGACAUCUUUGGUUCCAACGCCACCUGCGCCCUCGUUCCCUUGACCACCAUCGGCCCUUACUACGUCGAGGGCGAGCUCAUCCGCGUCGACACCACCGACGGCCAGGCCGGCGUCCCCGUCCACCUCGACAUUCAGUUCGUCGACAUCAACGACUGCACCGCCGUCCCCGAGCAAAUCAUUGACGCCUGGGCCUGCAACGCCACCGGCGUCUACUCGGGCGUCUCCGCCCGGGGCCAAGGCGGCCUCAACACCACCCACGGCCGCGGCGUCCAGAAGUCCGACUCGGACGGCGUCGUCCAGUUCGACUACGUCUUCCCGGGCCACUACACCGGCCGCGCCACCCACAUCCACAUCAUGUCCACCGACGGCGCCACCAUCCUCCCCAACGGCACCUUCGAGGGCGGCACCGCCCGCAACAUUGGCCAGCUCUUCUUCGACCAGGAUCUCAUCUCCGAGGUCGAGACCCUGGCCCCCUACACCAGCAACACCCAGACCCUCACGACCAACCUCCAGGACGGCAUCGCCGCCGGCGAGGCCACCGCCGCCUACGACCCCUUCCUCAAGUACGUCCGCCUCGGCGAGGACCUCAACGACGGCCUCCUCAUGUGGAUCACCAUCGGCAUCGACACCACGGCCGACUACAGCGACGAGGUCCGCGCCGCGGCGCACUACUACGAGGGCGGCGGCGUCGACCAGAGCAGCGGCGGCGACGGCCCCGGUGGCCCUCCUCCCAAUGGUACCUUUCCUACCGGUGCUCCCCCGGGUGCCCCGCCCACCUCUACCCCGUCUGCUUGA